UUAAUGUUCGGAUACAAGUUUUUUAGCCAUGAAAUGUGAGGUGUUUAAUAAAUAGUUGUUUUAUUUUUUGUAAAUAUGGUGUGGAAGAGAGUGUUUUUGGCGGCGGUACUGUCUUCGGUUUUGGAUGUCCACAGUGAAGAGCUGUUCGGUAAUAAUGAACACUCGCAGCAGCUGCUGGAACAUCUCACAGAGUCAGAGAAGAUAUUCCUAUUUGGUGCCAAUCACAAUGAUGCUCAAUUCGAGAUCGUUCACCACCACAAGCGCUCAUCCCCCCUCCAUCAGCACCUGGGCCUCGCACCAGCGCGGCACCAACUCCUCGACCCUCAGUUCCUCGUGAUGAGGAGGUGGGCCAAUGGAACGGAAGCCCUGGGAGUUGAAGAUGAGGAGUGUUGGUACAGGAGUGAGAAUGCUGCGCUGUUUGUGUGUGAUGAUGUGAGAGGUGUAGUCAAAUCCAAUGAUAGUUACUAUUUAAUUCAUCCGCUACCAGAAAGGUUCCAUGACAAAGACUCAAAAACGCACGUCAUAGUCAAACGCACUGAAGACACUAACAAAGAAGACUCUUGUGUAGAAAAACAUAGUCUUAACACAAUCGUAGCUCCUGAACCAGCAAAAACUUGGACAAAACACAGGAGAAAAAGAGAAAUACACACGCCAAGAAAAACCUUAGAAGAAUUCAAAGUAGACUUAAAUCAUAGAAACAGAACUAUAGGAGCGUUCAUUAACAAACUAAUCACAAAAACAGAGAAGCAAACAGAAAGACAAAAGAGGGCUGUGCUACCAGCAGUGUUCGUUGAAACCGCUGUGUUUAUAGACAGAGAUUUGUACAAGCAUAUGACUGUGAAUUUUCCUAAGGAUACAGAGAGGGAGUUAGUCAGAUUCGUCCUAGCUAUGAUAAAUGCUGUACAGUUACUAUACCACGAUCCUUCAUUAGGUAGACCAGUAAAUUUUAUACUUAAAAGACUGGAGAUUCUUCAUGAGGAUCCAUCGAAUUUGAAGAGGCCUCAUGAUAUAGACAGGUUUUUGAGUAAUUUCUGUACGUGGCAGAGGCUGGAGAAUCCGCCAGGGGAUACGGAUCCAUUGCAUUGGGAUCAUGCGUUGAUAUUAACUGGAUUAGAUCUUUAUGUAGUCAGUAAGAAUGGGAAGGUCAGCAGUCAGGUUGUUGGCCUUGCACCAGUGGCAGGAAUGUGUACAGUCACAAGCAGUUGUACAGUCAACGAAGGAAGACAUUUUGAAAGCGUUUAUGUCGUUGCUCAUGAAAUAGGGCACAAUCUCGGAAUGCGGCACGACGGCCCACUAGCAGACAACGGCUGCGACCCCAGCGCCUACAUCAUGAGCCCAACGCUGGGCAGCGGCAAGAUUACCUGGUCGCAAUGCAGCAAGAAUUAUCUGCAAAAGUUCCUAGACACUGUCCAAUCCCGGUGUCUUCUCGACCACGGUAACUCGGCUGGGCAGCUGGACCAUAGUGCCGAAGGCAUACUACCAGGAGAGAGAUUUGACGCUGAUCAGCAAUGCAUGUUAAAAUACGGUCGCGGCAGCCGCCACUCCGGAGCCCAAAGUUUAGAGGACAUUUGCAGAGACCUGCAUUGUCAACGUGAGAGGUAUACCUGGACCUCGCACCCCGCUUUGGAGGGCACCAAGUGUGGAGAAGAUAUGUAUUGCCGCGGCGGAGAUUGCGUGGAGCGCGCCGGGGUGCCCCGCCGGGGUCAAUGGACGCGUUGGUCAGCCUGGUCUGAAUGCGCGUCCGCCUGCUUGCUGACAGACUCCCACGCCCCGGCAGCUACAGGGGUAGCUGUCGCUAACAGGCGCUGCCAGCGACCCAGGCAUGACAAUGGGAACAGCUACUGUUCCGGGCAUGACAAGAAAUACCAAUCUUGUCACGCACAGCAGUGUCACAAUGUGCCUCCGAUGACAGUGAGAGAGUUCGCGGACCAGAUCUGCCGGCGGGCGAGGGAAGUAGACCCUGAUCUCAUUGGAACUGGUCUGCAGAGGAUAGAUACGGAAGAUGUAAGCAGCGCUUGUGCAGUGUGGUGCGACACUCGCGGAGGAGGCUACAAAUCCCGCGGCUGGACACUACCGGAUGGCACAGCCUGCUCAACAAUGUCACCCAUGUUCUGUAUUUCAGGAGUUUGUCAAAAAUUCACGUGCAACGCAAACGCCGAUACCGAGUUCUCCCUUCGUCCGGGAGACUGCGAAUGGGAGGCUCUUCAGCUGCAGACCGCUGCUCCUCAACAGUCCACAUCAUCAUCGAAAACAUCAUCAACAUGGCGCCGCGCCGUCGGCUCUCAAUGGCGACCAUCCAGCGGCUGUCAUUACCACUGCAUAGCUCCUGGAACCGGCGUACGUCUAGUGAGAGCUUCCCGAACUACCAGCAUACAGCUGUGCAGACCUGACUCCGCAAGAGCUGACUUGGGCUGUACCCAAAGGAAGUCACCAUACCAGUACGCGACGAUGGUGUGCACGAAGUACAAGGAGAGAGUCAGAAGACUGUCAGGGCUUGGCAUGCAGAUAUCGCCAGCGCUCGAGGAUCCCGACCGGCCUUGUCGAAUAGCGUGCCAAGAUGAACGCGUAUCGCAUCGCUUCUACUUAGUUAAUGGACAUGAAGGCUGGUUCCCACUCGGAACGUCUUGUGGCAAAAACAACGCUUCUUACUGCGUCAGCGGAAAGUGCCUGGAAUUCGGUCCAGACAACACCCCACUCUCCGAAUCAGUAUUCACGCUACCCCUCCUCAACCGUAACGCCACCGUAUCCAUCUCGCGCUCGUCCCGCCACCGUCGCGACACGACACACGGCUCCGACACACAACACGGAACGGACACGGAGCGACACGGAGCCGAUACGGAGAAACACGGAGAUAGUACGGAAAAGCACGGAGACGAUACGGAACGUGAUAGGAGAAGCUUGCGUGCGCGCGGCACUAUAACAGCGACGUUAGAGCAACAUCAUUUAGAUGAUAUUAUUGCUAGACUGAAUUUGACCCAAAACCACAACGAGCACAUAAUCUACUACGACCCAAUACCGGAAACCAUCGAAGUGGACUUCAACAACCCUAUCCACAUCGCCCCGGAAGAUACAUUAAUACGGAAACCACCGAGACCUACCUGGGACUGAACACUGACCAAAUACUGGCAGACCACUGACGAACAACACUAUGAAAAACCUACAUAUU